AUGGCGUCUCAAAUUCUCAGCCUGCGAGCGGGGAUAUGGGCCUUGAUUGCGCUCGCCAGCGGCGUUUUGUACAACGCCUAUGUGCACAAUAUCAUUUUUCUCACAAUUGGCGUCGGCCGAAAUAUCCAAUCAAUUGAUGAAUUCUUAUGGACUUGCACACGCCUGCAGCAUCCUCUCUUAGAAGGGUAUGAGGACAUGUGGUUAGACGAACAAGGACGAAAACUGUACGCAGCAUGCAGCUCUAUAGACACAAGACAGGGAUGGAGUCCGGGUGGUAGCAAAUUCAACAUCUCCGCGAGAUCUCGCACGGAUCAUAUCGCAGUGUUGAAUAUUGAUCAACCUGGCCCGGACGGGCUGUAUGGCCUCCACAAGCUCAACGUCGGCGGUUACUCUGGCGACCUGGAUCUGCAUAGCUUCGACGUGCGCAUCGAUCCUACCACCGGGGAGUUCCUUAAUGCCCGCACCUUUGGAGCGAACUCGACAAUCGAGAUCUUUGAUUUGGAGGAUAACUCGGAGACAAUUGAGCAUGUUAAAACUAUAGCCAGCGAGGCGAUCAUCUCGCCUAACAACUUUGCUGUUGACAAUGAUGGUCUGGGAUUCUGCCGUGUCGCUGCCAACAAGGGGUUUUCCUUUGCCAACGGGAUCGUCCAAGAGAACGGGCUUUACUAUGUGGCUCAUUCAGUGACUGGACUCGUGACGGUCCAUAAAUUAGUUGACGACCAGCUGAUUCAAGUUGACCAAAUCUCCACGGGAUACCCAAUUGAUAACCUGUCUCUCAAUGCAGAUGGGAACCUCCUGGUUGCCGCAAUUCCGAACUCCAUUGCGUUUGUGAAGUCCAUGGAGGACCCAUAUAGAGUUGUUGCUCCUGCUACUGUUCUCGGGGUCAAUGGUAUAGCGACUCAGCUGAGAACUCAGAGGGGAAAGGACUGUGAGGUCUCGAAGCUCGUGGAGGACAAGGAUGCCCAAUGGCUUCCUACUUCGGCUGUUGUGGUGCAAGAUGUGGAAUUGCACCGCUUGUUCCUCGGGGGAGUCCUGUCGCCAUUCAUCACCAUAUGUGAAAACCGUAUUUAA